AUGUCAUCCAACAACUCCCGAUUAACACCGGAUAGAACUUCCGUUUCCAGCUCUACCAAUAAUGCAUCACACAACCUGUCGGGUAAAAGACGUUCGUUAAAUACAAUUGAGUCAAGUGUGACCAGACUCCUUGUAUCAACCAAACACUUACUUGAGAGUUUAACACAGUGGGCACGCAAAGAAGCAGAUGAUAAGUUUGUAUCAGAUGCAUAUGUGAAAUUGGGUAACGAUUUCAGAGCAGCAAUUAGAGCGUUUAGCAAUAAUGGCAUCGAUAUUUCAGAUAUAGGGAAUGUGCCACAAGCAUUGAGAAUUAUUUUGGAAGCGGCAUUGAGUGAAGCACCCUCGCAAGAAAACUUGGACAGGUUCUUACCGAGCAUUAGGAAUAUAAUUGUGACAUUGUUACAAACUUUGAAAACCAAACAAGCAAAGGCAAAAGCAAUCUCCCAAGAAAAAUCUACUAGGGAGGAAUUACCAACCGAGAACCAAAGACCUUCAUCACUUGGUGUUGAAGGACAGCAACAGAGAACAACAGACAAGGAUUCCAGCGUUGAGAGAAGUGACGCUUUGUCCCAGUUACAAAAGGGUGACGUUCUUCAGCGUCGUGCGUCUAAACGGUUUAGUGCUUACCAAUAUGCAAAGCUAACGAACUUCAACAACCCAACCACUAGUGUGCCUAAGAUAAAACCAGUGGAAUCACCAGAAGUUCGGCACUCAAAGAUUAUGGAGACAGAAGAGCCAAAUGUUUCAUCGAGCAAAAGGGAAGAGUCAAUUCAAGAGGAUGGAGACACAGAAGAGUAUGUUUUGCUUAGAAUUAAUGCCAAAACCAAGAAAGCUAAUGUAAGCUUACCAGUAACUUUUGCUUCAUUAAGACUAUUGUUUGUGGAAAAAUUUGCAUAUUCUCCAGGGGCAGGUAAUUUCCCCGAUAUUUAUAUUCAGGACCCACGCAGUGGUGUUCUGUAUGAACUUGAAGAGCAUUUACUUCCAGAUGUCAAAUCAGGUACCCUUCUUUGUUUAAAUGAAACAGAUGACCAAAAUAAAAGUAUAAAUGAAUUGAAUUUACGGUUGGAUGACUUGACUAAAAAAAUUGACACAAUGGGGAGCACCAUAAUAGCACAAGUUAAGGAUUCAGUGGCCUCUGUUGAAAUCCCAGUGCCCACUGUUGCUGCUCCUACUGUUGCUACCAAAAGUGGAAAUGCACACGAGGAGAAUAAGAUAGGACGCAAGGAUAUCACCAACAUAGAAAGAGAAUUUCGUGCCAUAAAACAGUUGCACAACUCGUCAUCUGAAAGCUUCAAGGAAACUAUUUCGAAUAUUACCGAACAGCUUAGAAAAUUCCAAGAAAUCGGGCUUGAGGUAUCUCAGAAUUCCAACAGAGCAUAUAUGGAAUCGUGUAAUUCAAAGUUGUCUGAUGACUCUGAUCUGUUGAUCACAAAGGUUGAUGAUUUGCAAGAUAUAAUGGAAGAGAUGAGAAAGGAUGUGGCACAAAGAGGCGUCCGUGUUAGUGACAAGCAGUUGAAACACAUUCUUAAAGAUAUCAACUUAGCCAAGAAAUCUCUUCAUGACAUGACAUUAUAUAUCUCGAAAGAAAGACCGGUAUGGAAGAAGAUUUGGGAAGCGGAAUUGGACAAAGUGUGUGAAGAACAACAAUUUUUGAACUUGCAGGAUGACUUGAUCCAAGAUUUACAAGAUGAUAUUAAAAAGAUUGAAGAAACAUACAAUCUUAUUGAACAAUGUUCGAUUGAACAGAUAAAAGGCGCAUCGAGCAAGAGGAAUAAAAUUGUUGCUAACUUGUAUAUUCCAGAACCAGGUGAAAGCUUGCAUGAUUUGAAGGAUGCAGUGUUAAAUGACAUUGCUGGGCUCACGCCAAACCAUGAAAGUCGACUUGAAGCCAUCGAACGAGCCGAAAAACUAAGAGAGAAGGAACGAGAUAUGAUGAAACUUACCAAGUUUCAAGAAGAGUUAGGUGAUUUUGUAGAGGAUAGAAAAUUGAAGAAAUCAGGGGGCAUUGAAGAGUUGGAGAAACAGCGACAAUUGAAAGAUAUCGAGAAUUUAAAGAGUUCAUUUGGGGGUAUAUGA